ACAGAAGCGCAGCCACGUUUCCGGUCCGCUCCUUGGAUCAGGACGCAGCCGGCGGAGAGCUGUUACUGUUUACCAGUUCAGUCUGCUGGAAACUUCAAUAAACACCUUUUAUUUAUCAUAACUUAAAGAAAAUGAAGAAACUCAGCAUAGACCGAUAAUGGGUUUUACUUCCUGGUGCGGUGGGACUUUUCUGGCUGCUUUCUGUCUGGAGAAACACACUCCUGACCUUUUGUCAGACUAAGAAAAGAUCUUGGACAACAUGUCCACAAGUGUAAUCGAUCAGUCCUGCAAGCCGGAGAAGGGCAGUUUCUUCAAGUUAAUCGACUCUUUCGCCUUAGAGAUUGGAACCCUCAGGGAGAUGGGGAAGAACACUGAAGCUGCAGAUGGAGAACAGAAGACAGAUGCACUCCUAGGGUUGAGUGAAGGGGUGGAAGGAUUCUUUCUGUAUGCCUCACCUUAUGCUGGGAUCAGUCCAAGACUGGCUGGAACGAAAGAUUCUGGCUACGACUCCCUACACCGAAAGCUCAGCAUCCUGGAAAGACUGAUACAUACUCACUCUGUGUGGCUCCAGUUGGGCCUCAGCCACCUUGACGCCACACAGCUCCUACAGAGCCAGCCUACUGGGCUGUUCAUAGUUAGGAAGUCGAGCAGCCUGCAGAAAAAAGUCAUAUGUCUACGCAUGGACAAAGAAUCUGCAGCUCCCAUCAAAGAAUUCCCAGUCAAGGAAAGCAAGUACAGUUUCUGUCUGGAGGGAUCGUGCCUCAGCUUUGCAGAUCUGUUUCAUGUCAUAGCUUUCUGUUGCAUCAGCAGAGAUGUGUUGCCCUUCACUCUGAGGCUCCCGGAGGCCAUCGCGUCAGCCAGAACCGUUGCUGAUCUAAAGAAGGUUGCUAAUCUUGGAGCAGGCUUCUGGAAGUCUCAGCUGUGCAGCACGUCAAAAGGCUCAGUGUCAUCACGGACAGCAGCCCCCAACAGACCACCCUUACCUACCCAGAGACAAUGCUCCUCCCCACCUUCCCCAGUAUACCCUCUUUUACGAACUCGCACCCCAUCUGAGCUUGAGUGUUGCCAGUCUAAUGGAGCUUUGUACUUUAUCAACCCCCUUUUUAUAAAGGUUCACCAGUCUGAUGGUGGUGACCAAAACAGCACUUUCAACACCAGAGACACAGCAAAGCAGUGUCCGAGGGAAGACUUCAGCAAGACAGAAACCACCAAAACAGAAGGUCAACAUUCAUGUUCUGGUGGUCCUCAGGUCAGUUGUUCAGAUCGCAGUGAGAGGAGCCAGCCAGUCGAAAGAAACCUGCAAAGCCUUGGUAGAAAAAUAAACCUGAACCGGCAAACCAGAACCAGCCGGACACCAAGCAUUGCAGACAGCGUGUCUCCAUUGCUACCUUCUUGUCCACGUCCGGCUCACUCUGCUACUUCUGUUCAACAAAAAAGUAUGCCAGAAAAGAUCUCCUGGAACAAUGUCCCUGAGGAGAAAGUGGAGGGGAGGGAAAGCAAGAGGAGAAGCAAACACCAAUCCCACCUGGGUUUUUCUAUUAGUGUCAGCCCCUUGUCCUUCCCCCUCAAGAGCAUCAGUUCCCCCAUAUCCAUCCCUCAAAGAUCUCAACCCCUGUCUCUGCCAUCUCUGUCCUCCUCGCCAUGUCAGCUGAAAGCCUCUUCCAGCCACGAGGACCAAACUGUUGAGAAUGCUCUUGAGAGUCUGGUCACUCAACAGAAAAACACUGCCAGACCCACCCACCAGGACUCCUGCAGUCCCUCAGACGCUUACCUGAUGAUGGCAAGCGAGCUUUCAGGUGUGGCACCUGGAGAGGAGGAAGCACUGGAGGGAUGCAGCGGGAGUGACCAGCGACUGAGUGACAUGAGCUCCUCCACAGAUUCCCUCGAUUUUUCACAGUUCUCAACCUUCUUCAUCCCUCAUCUGCAUGACCCCAGACUCCCCACUGUGGCAGACUUUGACACACACCUCCCCCUCUCUCUCCCACCAUCGCAGCUGCCCUAUGGCAGCAUGGAGGAAGAUGACGACGAUGAGGAUGACGAAGAUGAAGAGGAUGCUGACUACGGAGUCAGCCUCGAAAGCGAUCAGGAUCAGGACCUGACCAUGGUGGCACCUGAGCCCCACACAAAGCGGCGCCACACCACUUUGGUCUUCCAGAAAGCCUUGCGAGAAAAAAUUCAGAAGAUGAGCGGAGUUUUCAACUCGCUGUUGACGCCUGAGAAGAGAGUUGUCCGCAGGGUGCUGGAGCUGUCCCGGGAUAAAAACUCCUACUUCGGCUCCCUGGUGCAGGAAUACCUGAGCUACAUGGGAGAAGGUUCUGGCACACAGGCUUGGCAAGGCUACGACUCUGGACUGGAACUUCUCCAGACUGUCCGCCAGUUUAUAACCCAGAUGAAGAGCUACCUCCAACAAAGCUCUGAGAUGGACCCACCAAUUGAGAGCCUCAUCCCUGACAACCAGAUUGACCAAGUCCUGGAGAAAGCCAUGCACAAGUGCAUCUUGAAGCCUUUGAAGCCUGUGGUGAGCGCAGCCAUGAUGGAGUUCACAGUGCGCAGCGGGGAGUGGCAGCAGCUGAAGGAGAACCUGUCUUUGGCCAAGGCCCGGCAUCCCCAGGACAUGGGGGUGGAAGACAUGUUGCCCCCUGACCCUGUGGCCAUAGAGAAAAUCAAGCACAAACUUCACACUAUGUGUAAACUGUACUCCCCAGAGAAGAAGGUCUCCAUGCUGCUAAGAGUCUGCAAACUCAUCUACAUCAUCAUGGAGGACAGUUCAGGUCGUCUUUAUGGUGCUGAUGACUUCCUGCCCAUGCUGACCUAUGUGUUGGCCCAGUGUGACAUGCCUCAGCUGGACAAUGAGAUCCUGUACAUGAUGGAGCUGCUGGACCCUUCACUGCUUCACGGAGAAGGUGGCUACUACUUGACCAGUGCCUAUGGAGCCAUGUCCCUGAUUAAGAACUUCCAAGACGACCAGGCAGCCCAGGUUCUGAGCUCUGAAACCAGAGAUACUCUGCGCCAGUGGCACCGGCGACGCACCACCCAGCGCCCUGCUCCCUGUGUUGAUGACUUCCAGAACUACCUGCGGGUGGCGCUACAGGAGGUCAACAGUGGCUGCACAGCCAAGACUCUGCAGGUCCGACCUCACGCCACUGUGGAAGAGGUGUGCCUGCUGUGCACCCACAAGUUUAAAGUGCCAAACCCCAAGAACUACGGCCUCUUCCUGCUAACUGAUGGCAACUACGAACUGCUGGCCCCAGAUGCACACCCCCAGAAGAUUAAGGCCGAACUACACAGCCGCCUGCAGGCAGCUCCCUUCAACUUUGUCUUCCGUCGUUUGACCAACAGCAGCACCAGCAACCUCAAUCACCUGAGUGUGGCCUCUGAUCUCCAGACCAAUCUCAACAACCUCAAUACGAAUGUAUCCCUCCCCUCACCCCAGCCUACAGUAGCCUCUGAUCUCAGCCACCUCAAAAGGAACUCCAUCUCUGUAUGUUUGCAGCAGCAAAACGAAGCCUGAACACAAGCUGUGCCUUCUUGAUGCAUUAUUUCUAACAAACACACAUCCAUGAGCCAUACCAGGGCUCUAUGGGUCCAACUGGGCAAAACACUGUAUUGUGUUAUUGCACAUGAGCUACAAAGCUAUACUUCUCUUUUUUGGAUGACACAUCUGUUUUAGUCAACAUCCCCUCACUGGAAAGUUGUCUCAUGGUUAGACAACAGAAGAGGAGGGAAGGAAAUAAAGACAGCUGCAGUUAUUUUUACUUCUUUGGUUCUAGAUUUGGCAUCAAAGCAACACCAAUGUAAACCGAGUGAAUUAUGGGGGAGAUGUAAGAUGUUCAUGCACAGAGCUGCUGCUGUGUUGCCACCAGGGAAGAAUCUGAUCUCAGUAAAUCAGUCACUAAGUUCACACAUCUCUGUAGGUUUUAUCAGGAUUUACGUCCCAUGGUUAACUGUUUCUAUUAUAUAGUUAUUUGUUUUUUUAAAUUACUACUCUUUCUGAUUGUCUCUUAAAAAUGUAUUUAGUGUCACCUAGUGGUGACUGAUACACACAGCCACAUGAGAAUCCACUUGAAGCUGAGCCAGCAACAAGUUGCAGUAUGUUAGAAGAAAACGAGAUCUUGGUUGUACAGAAACAACUUCAAGAGAACAUAUUAAUGUAAAACAGCAAAUAUUAUGCAUUUAACAUAUGGACACGUAUCAGAGUAAAAACCAGAUUUAUUUAAUGAUCACUGUGGCUACAUUAUCAACCAAUCAGACACCAGCAUAUUUGACCUUCUUAUCUUAACGUUUUUUUUUUUCUGAGCAUAAACGGCUGUUGGUGAACGUGUGUUAUAUUAUUAAAAAUUUAAUCUGAUUGGAGAUAGAAGCUAUGCAGUUGAUAGUGGUGUUCAAAAAGAUUUUUCUCAGUAAAAAGGCAGCUGUGUGUGUAAAACCUGGAGAAAACUGUCAGUUUUCAAGGAGCACUCCCAACAGUUUAUGCUGCAAAGCCACUGAUGAAGCCAUGUAAAGUUUAGUAAGACAAAGAAAAGUUUUUAACUGUAAAUUAUCAUCGGCCCUAUUUGACCUGUGAGAAUAAACACGUUUAAGCCACA